UCCCAGCAAUCUGACCCCGCGCUCCAGGACGGGGAGAUUCCAGUUGACCGGACAAUCCCGCGGUCCGAUCGCCAAGCAGCGACGGCGUAAACUGGCUCCACGCUGGGGCUGUGCCCGCGGCGAACGGCCGGCUCCGAGCUGGGACCGUGCCUGCGGCCAACGGGCGGCUCCGCGCUGAGGCCGUGCCGGCGGCGAAUGUUCGGCUCUGCGCUGCGGCCGUGCCCCUGGUGAACGGCCACUGGCUCCACGCUGGUGUCCUGCCCGCGACGAAUGGCCCGCUCUGUGCUCGUUCCGUGCCCGUGGCGAUUGAAGGGUUUCGCCCUAGGAAUUUGCCCGCGGCGAACGGCGAUCUCCGCGAUGUGACCGCUCCGACAGAACAGUCAAAGUAUUCAAUCCAUCUGGCUCCACCUGGUGGAGCAAGCGACGGCUCCGCGCUGGGGACGUGCGAGAGGCGGCUCCGCGGUGGGGACGCCCGGCGAUGCGUGUCAGGCGGCGCUCACAGAGCUGCUGCAGCCUCGGCGGGGACGGCGGCUCCGCUCCAGUCGCCCAUGCAGAGGCAGAAUGAGGCGGGCGCUAGCGGCCGUGUUGUGCUCGGGGCUCCUGGCCUGUGUCUUCGGAGCAUUCCCCAGCAGUCUGCAGAUCGGCGCGCUCUUCCCCAAGCAGCACUCUCAGGAAUAUUCCGCUUUCCGAUUUGGACUCUCCUUCUACAACACGGACACGCUGUACAAACUCAUCACCCAGAUAGAGAGUGUGGAUAUCGGCAACAGCUUCGCCGUUACCAACGCCUUCUGCUCACUGUUUGCCCGUGGAGUCUACGCCAUCUUCGGCUUCUACGACAGGAAGACGGUAAACACACUCAGCUCAUUCUGUGGAGCUCUACACCUCUCGUUCAUCACCCCCAGCUUUCCUGUCGACACCUCCAACCAAUUUGUGAUCCAGAUGAGACCAGACAUCCAGAAUGCUUUGCUCAGUCUCAUUGAACACUACAAGUGGCAGAAGUUCGUGUACAUCUACGAUGCAGACAGAGGUCUGUCAGUGUUACAGAAAGUGCUGGACACGGCAGCAGAGAGAAACUGGCAGGUUACAGCCGUCAGCAUGGAGACCACCACAGAGGAGGGUUUCCGGAUGCUCUUCAGGGACCUGGACAAGGGCAAGGAUCGACAUGUGGUCAUCGACUGCGAGGCCGAAAGGCUCAAUGCCGUGAUGAACAAGAUCAUCAACAUUGGGAAACACAUUCGGGGAUAUCAGUACAUCUUCGCCACUCUGGGGUUCCUGGACAUGGACCUGGCAAUGUUCCGGUACGCAGGGGCCAACGUCACUGGCUUCCACAUGGUGUGGCCACACAGCGAGAUGGUCGACAAGUUCCUGCAGCGUUGGAGGAGGCUUGACAACAAGGAGUAUCAGGGUGUGGACCGGGAACGUCUCAAGUACACAUCAGCCAUGACCUUGGACGGAGUCCUUGUCUUGUCCGAAGCCUUCAAGUAUCUUCGUAAGACUCGGAUUGACAUCGCGCGCAGAGGAAACGCCGGAGAUUGCCUGGCGAACCCGGCUGUUCCCUGGGGCCAAGGGAUCGACAUCCAGCGAGCUUUGCAGCAGGUUCGUAGUGAGGGUCUGACUGGAAACAUCCAGUUUGAUGAAUUUGGCCAUCGAACGAACUACACCGUCAGUGUGCUAGAGCUGAAGACUGAUGGGAUGAGGAAGAUCGGUUAUUGGAAUGAAGAUGACAAAUUUGUGGCAACCACGGGUGAUCUUCACGUCAGCAAUGACACGAGUGGCAUCCAGAACCAGACCUACAUCGUCACCACCAUACUAGAGCCCCCGUACGUGAUGUUAAAGAAGAACCAGGAGCAGCUGGAGGGAAAUGAUAAGUAUGAGGGUUACUGCGUAGAGCUGGCAGCAGAGAUCGCCAAGCACGUGGGCUUCAAGUACAAAUUGGCCAUCGUGGCAGAUGGGAAAUAUGGAGCUCGGGAUCCCGAGAGCAAAGUGUGGAAUGGGAUGGUUGGGGAGCUAGUGUACUCGAAAGCUGACAUUGCAGUGGCCCCAUUAACAAUCACAUUGGUACGUGAGGAGGUUAUCGACUUCUCCAAGCCUUUCAUGAGUCUGGGCAUCUCCAUUAUGAUUAAAAAACCACAGAAGUCCAAGCCUGGGGUUUUCUCCUUCCUGGACCCACUGGCAUACGAGAUCUGGAUGUGCAUCGUGUUUGCCUACAUAGGCGUGAGUGUGGUGCUGUUCCUGGUCAGUAGGUUCAGCCCCUAUGAGUGGCAGACGGAGGAGUAUGAGGAAGGACCCGACACACAAAGCCUUGAGCAGACCAAUGAGUUUGGGAUAUUUAACAGUCUCUGGUUCUCGCUGGGUGCCUUCAUGCAGCAAGGAUGUGAUAUUUCACCAAGGUCUCUGUCAGGUCGGAUCGUUGGUGGAGUUUGGUGGUUCUUCACUCUGAUCAUCAUCUCCUCUUACACGGCAAACCUAGCUGCUUUCCUCACCGUCGAAAGGAUGGUGUCGCCCAUUGAGAGUGCCGAAGACCUGGCAAAACAGACGGAGAUCGCCUACGGAACCCUGGAUGCUGGAUCAACCAAGGAGUUCUUCAGGAGAUCCAAGAUCGCUGUCUUUGAGAAGAUGUGGGCGUAUAUGAAGUCUGCUGAGCCCUCAGUCUUUGUAAAGACCACAGAGGAAGGGGUAACACGAGUGCGGAAGUCAAAAGGGAAAUAUGCCUACCUGUUGGAGUCAACCAUGAAUGAGUACAUUGAGCAGAGGAAGCCAUGUGACACCAUGAAAGUGGGAGGGAACCUAGACUCCAAGGGCUAUGGAGUCGCCACACCCAAAGGAUCUCCCCUAAGAAACCCAGUAAACCUGGCAGUUCUUAAACUCAACGAACAGGGACUGUUGGACAAAUUGAAAAACAAAUGGUGGUACGACAAGGGAGAAUGUGGCAGUGGCGGCAGUGACGCGAAGGACAAGACGAGUGCCCUGAGUCUCAGCAACGUGGCAGGAGUUUUCUACAUCCUGAUUGGCGGACUGGGUCUGGCGAUGCUCGUUGCUCUGGUGGAAUUCUGUUACAAGUCCAGGACUGAAGCAGCAAGAAUGAAGCUCUCGAUAAGCGCAGCCAUGAGAGCGUCGGACCGGGUUCCAGCACUGGGAGGAACAGGUGAAAAUGGCCGAAUUGUGACCCAUGACUACACCAAGACUGCCCACACCCUGCCCCGCAUGAGUCACUCGAGUGGCGCUAGUCUCGGUGCGACUGGGAUCUCAUAAUGCAGUGAUGCAGACAAGCCCAGCACAACUCAGAGAACUAGUCAAACUCAUCACAGGAACUUUUAAUAACUAACUUCAUCCUGGGAAAUGUGCAAGUUGUUGCAAAAUAUUGUAAAGCUGCAAUAAUGAGGAGACAGGGCGAAAGCAAAUCUCUGGAUGGAGGUACUCAGCGUGGGACGGAAGGGUGUCUGUUCAUUGUGCUUGGGUCUUACCGCUCGGCAGGUGUUUAGUAUUUCUGAUAGGAAACUCUCUCACUCCAUGCUGCCUCCGACUGGGCCCAUCACAGCCUCGUCACCCACCUUCUUCUCAAGGAGUCUGACAUUGCUCGUGGGACGUCCACACAGCCAAAGCAAAGAGGCAGAUUUGGUGGUAAGCUCUGGACAGGGGCCGCUGUGCAAUGGAGUAUCUACAGAGAGAGGCAUGGAGGAAACUCCCCAUCGCCAGAAACUCAAGAAAAUACAAACCCUGCCUUUGAAAUAUUAAACACAGUUUCUAUGGUCAUUGUUUCUUUCAAGUAACUUCUGAUGCUGAUUUCUGAUCACCAUAAAGAGGCAAAAACAUGUUUUAAGUUUCUAUCAGAGGUAAUGACACAAUAUUCUGUUGCCCUGUGCGGGAACCCGUUAGAUAUUUGCUCUUCGCUGUUACAUGCUGUGUAUCGUGUAUGCAUCGGCCUCUUCAGCUUAUCAUUGUUGGUGCUUGUUUCUGUAAUUCUAGAGCCUCAUUGAAUAGUUAACCAUCUGUUCGCAAACCCAGGGACCCAAGCUGGACAACAGUCAUCAAGUACUGGAUGCCCUCAGCUGCACUCAGGAGUGGGUU